GGUUGGUUUCGACGUCGUCUAGUCUCGGUCCUAUCGCAUGCAAAGAGGAACGUCUUCCUCGCUCUCCUCCCCCAAAAUCUUCUCCGCCGCUCGACAACGAGCAUUCCAAUCCAAUCCAAAAAGCUAAAUUUAGCAUUCGGAUCGCGAUCGAGCAGGCGACGGGACGCAUCAAAACCCGCUUUCCCUGCCACGGCCCCCCUCGCGAUUUGAUUCCGUCUGUUUUCGGUUCUUCCCACUCCGGUAAGAAACGAUCUCUGCGGAUCAAUCGUCGUCGUGAGUUUUUAUCCAGCAAUCAACAUGUUGAUUGGGUAGCUUCCUGGUUGAUGCUUCUUCGGCGUCUUUGUUUCGGAGGAAUUUGUAAGGUUUUCUGGAAUUUCCCUUUUCUCAUUCCGCGUUUAGGGUUUGCUCCGAUUCUAGAUCGGUAGGUUUUCCCCCACUUCUGUUGGUGGUGGGAAAUGGAUAUAGUUGAGGUUGGGCCGUAGAUUUUUUUCUGAAGGAAAAAAUCUCGCCUUUCUUCUUCCUCCUUCUGUCCUAGAGGCAAAAGGCGCUUCUUUGAUUCUUCCCUCUCACGGUGAGAAAAUGUCGUCCGGGGUUCUCACUCUCAGCCCCGUUCGGGAGGACUCGCCGGUGUCCACUGUACGUUUCGACGGGAGCCGGUCUUGGCAUUGCUCGCAGGAGUCCAUCCUCAUUUAUCUCCAGGCCCCUCAGUCGUCUGUGAUUCCGCUGCGAGUAUUAGAGUCUGAAUCGAUCGCAUCUGUAAAGCUUCGGAUCCAUAAAUUUGCCGUGAAGAAGCCGAAGCUGGUGUUCGGCGGCAGGGAGCUGGCACGGAAUAAUAGCCUGCUCCGGGACUAUGGCGUGGGCGAUGGAAAUGUUCUGCACCUUGUGAUUAGGUUCUCCGAUCUCCGAUAUAUUAUUGUGAGAACUGUCUCUGGCGAAACAUAUAAUUUCAAAGUUGAACGGAGCCGCAACAUUGGGUACAUCAAGCAGCAGCUCGCAAAGAGAGGUAAGGACUUGAGUGAUGUUCACGACCAUAAGAUCAUAUGUGACGGUGAGGAGCUUGAUGAUCACCAGUUGAUUGAUGAUCUCAGUAGGGAAAACGACGCAGUGAUUCAUUUGCUGAUCAGAAAAUGUGCAAAAGUCAGGACUAAACCUUUUGAGAAGGAUUUUGAACUUUCAAUUGAUGCCCCUCUUGUGAAAGAAAAGGAUGGAGUCUGUGAUCCUCAAAUAGUCGCCGGGACACUGCUUUACAAGGAUCCUUGGAUCAAGCCGGUUAUUGAUGAUCGAAAAGUUGAAUUGUCGCGGGUGAUCUCAGAACUAAUUCGUUCUGCUUCCUCUGGAUUGGAGAAGGGUAAUCUACCGAUGAUGUCCUCGGAAGGCACUGGGGGAGCAUACUUUAUGCAAGAUGGUUCAGGCCAAAAGUAUGUAGCUAUCUUCAAGCCAAUUGACGAGGAGCCAAUGGCUGAGAAUAAUCCUCGAGGGCUUCCUUUAUCAGAUAAUGGUGAAGGUUUGAAGAAAGGGACACGUGUCGGAGAAGGAGCUUUAAGGGAGGUCGCAGCAUACAUCCUCGAUCACCCUAUCAGUGGUAAGCGUUUAGAUGAUGAAGCAGGAUUUGCUGGUGUUCCUCCUACAGCCAUGGUGUGGUGCUUUGAUACCGGUUUCCAUAAUUCUGAGCCAUGUGACUAUGUGCCCAAGAAUUUCAAGAUUGGAUCCUUACAAGCAUUUGUGGAAAACAAUGGAAGCUGCGAGGAUAUGGGGCCUAGAGUGUUCCCUGUGCAGGAGGUUCACAAGAUAUCUGUUCUGGAUAUUCGGUUGGCAAAUGCUGAUCGCCAUGCUGGGAAUAUAUUAAUUCGCAAAAAUGAAGAGGGAGAACCAAUGGUGCUGGUUCCCAUUGACCAUGGAUAUUGCUUGCCUGAGAAUUUUGAAGAUUGUACCUUUGAGUGGCUAUAUUGGCCUCAAGCUCGUCAGCACUUCGACCAUAGAACUAUCAACUACAUAAAAGCACUUGACGCUGAAGAAGAUAUCGCACUCCUUAAAUACUACGGAUGGAAUCUCUCUCCCGAAUGUAUGCGUACCCUUUGCAUCUCAACCAUGCUCUUGAAGAAGGGAGCAGAAAGAGGGCUCACUCCGUACGAUAUUGGAAGCAUCAUGUGUAGAGAAACAAUUCACAAGGAGUCCAAAAUUGAGGAGAUGAUCCGCGAAGCAAACGAUGCAGCUCUUCCAGGCACUAGCGAGGCUGUGUUCCUGGAGACUCUUUCCGAAAUCAUGGAUCGUCACCUCGAUCGAGUGAAAAUAAUAUAGAUUUAACUGGUCGUUCUAUGUUUCUAUGCAAUCGGAUGCAUGUUUGUGAACAUAUACCAUCGAAACUCUCCUAGGUGGCUGUAAGUACGAAAGUCACCUAAUCAAAUGUGUUAAUACUUGUGAGUUGUUAUGGUUGUUAAUUAAUUCUCUGUAAGUCUUAGCACUGGCCUACCUUGACUUUUGAAGGUUGACUUUGAAGCGGGGCUCUGUCAUAGUUGUUAUAUUGACUUUUUGUUGCUCUGAAAGUCUUGUAUGUGUUCAUUUUGUAUGCAUCUGAUGCACAUUCAAUAAAACAAUGACUAGUUGCUUCAUCCUUUUUCCAA